CAUACGUACACACACACACACGUACACUCACACACACACACACACACGCAGAGGGACAGUAUAAAAGGAGCAUCCUUCCCAGUCGGCGUAGAAGUCUCCAUCCUCACACACUCCCUUCAACGCGACAACUCUCUCAAGAUGUCUGCAGGGCUGAGUGUGUGUGUGGUGCUGGUGGUCUUAUGUUCAAGCUCUGUGGGGCUCCCCUUCUCCUCUCAUGGCCAAGAUCAGGACCAACGUUCCCCUUCUCAAGAAGCACUCCUGGAAGGCCACACCUUGGAGGAGGCUCACCUGCGACACGGCCGCUCCGCCCCCCAGGAGGAUGCAGAGUCUCGGGCUAACCUCAGCCAGCUCCUGGCAAGACUCAUCUCCUCCAGGAAAGGUUCGGUGCGUAGAAACUCGUCCAGCAGCAGAGGCGGCGGUCUGAGCAUCGCCAACCAGCGGCGAGCAGACGGGGGCGACUACUUGGGCUGGAUGGACUUCGGCAAGCGCAGUGCAGAAGAGUACGAGUACUCCUCCUAAAAACUACACUGUGCCCUUCUCAAGACAAGAGUAUUUAUGAGGCGUACUUUUUCUUUUUUUAAUGUACCGUCAAAUGCAAUAUGAAUAAUAUGCCAAUUUUUUGGGUCACUCUGUCACCAAUUUGUGGUUUGGAGUGGAAAAGAGAAAUGUGGUGGACAAAUAAAAAAAUGAAAAUGUCAACAAAUAUAUGUUUUGACAUUUUGACUCCAUGUUUCAACACAUCUGGUCGAGGCAGAUGGCCGCCCCAGAAUGCCUUGGUUCUGUGCCG